UGGUGGACUUUUGAGGUCCUGUCGGCGGAACUGAAGAUGGACAGUCUGAAAUUUUCAUUUUCCUCAGAAAUCCCCUUGUUUAUUUAUACAACAAAGAAAAGAGAAAACCAGUUUCAUUUGUGGAAAGCAAUUCCAUUGAAAGUUCUUUUGAGGUCCCGUCGGUGGAAUUGAAGAUAAACAGUAUGAAAAUCUCAUUUGGUCAUCUGCAUUUCCUCAGGAAUUUAUUUAUACAAUAAAUAAAAGGAAAAGAAGAAACCAGUUUCAUCUGAGGGAAGCAAUUCCACUGUUGAGAAUUCCCAUCGUUACUGCUUCUUAUCAUCUUGGACUGUGAGAUUUCGUUGCUGUGUUUGAUGUUUUGGAGGAAGACUUACGUAUAUUCUCUCCUUUCGUUUGGAAAUUUACAUUUAGGAUUCUUAAGAUUCCCUUUUUGGAACUCGGAAGCUUGCCCAAUACCUUUAGUGAUUGGAAAUCAGAUUCGAAGUCCCUGUGUGCCUUCAUCCGAUUCAACUAUUUGGGUAUUGAUCGGAUAACAAUCCGCUCCAAUUUUGAAUUGAUUGAUCACUUUUCGAUAUUUCAGGUGCUGAUCAAGUUCGAGUAGUACUCAGACAGCAUUCAUGGUCUCGAUCGAGUUAAUCAUGGAAUCUGGGCAUCAACCUAUAAUUCCAGGAUUGCCAGAUGACUUGGCUUUGAGGUGUUUGGCAAAGGUGUCACAUGGGUAUCACGGACUGCUUGAAACUGUUUCCAAGAGAUGGAGAGAUAUACUCCGAAGUUCAGACUAUUGCAACUUAAAAGCUAGAGAAGAAUGGUGUGGAAACUGGUUAUUUGUUCUGACAGAAGGGAUCGAUGCCCAGUGGACUGCUUAUGAUCCAGAUGCUGACAAAUGGCAUCCUCUGCCUAAGAUACCAAGUGUCAAUCCUGGCUGGCAUCAUUAUGGAUUUUCAUGUGUUACCGUGUGCAACAAAUUUUUGGUGAUUGGGGGAUCCUAUGCACCACAUGAUCCUGCAUUUUCGCACCGACGGCCUGUGCCAACAAAUGCUGUUGUGCAGUUUGAUCCGUUCGUGAAAAAAUGGACUAGAUUGUCAAGUAUGAACACGCCACGAUCGCACUUUGCUUGCUGUGUUGUUUGUGGUAAGGUUUAUGUAGCUGGGGGGCGCACAUCAUCAGAUAGCAGAGGACUUGCUCUGGCUGAAGUUUAUGAUCUGUCAAAGGACAGAUGGCAUGAAUUGCCACCAAUGUCCACUCCGCACAUGGACUGCAUAGGGUUAUCAUAUAAAGGCCAAGUUCAUGUUCUAAGUGACCAUGUAGGUCUGCCUACCCAGAACACCUCCGAGGUCUUCAGUCCAUCAGAGAGAAGAUGGCACACGGUGGAGGAUAUCUGGCCUUUCUCAAGGGCAAUGCAGUUUGCAGUUACCGUUGUGGGGGAUGAUAAACUAUACACCAUAGUAGAUUGGGGCGAGAGCUCCAUCAAGACCAGGGACGGCAAUCAACAGGAGUGGUCCGAUGUGGGUUCGGUUCCACCUGUGUUACUUGCUGACCACUCCCGCCCAUUGGAGGCCUUUGGGUAUGGUUUUGCUGCACUGCGGCGUGAUUUAUACGUCAUCGGUGGGAAGGUUCUGAAAUGGGAUGAAUCAGGUACUGGGAGAUUUGACAUUGUGAAGCUGGCUGGGGUGAGAGUUUGUGAUCCAACGGUAGCGCCAUUAAAUUGGAAGGAGACGAGACCGAUGUGCAGGCCAGCAUGUGGUGCCAUCCUAGGCUGCGCUGCAAUGGAAGAAUAGGCUGUCUUCUGCACUUGGCAUGCCACAUUGUCAAUUCGUUAACUUCUAAGAUUUUAAGCUGUCUGGAGACUACACUUCUGAAGUGCAUUUCAGUAGAAUGAUUCGUCUUCUGAGGGCGUAUCAUGGUCUUUUAUUAGCUAUAUGUCAUACUUUGGAGGCUAAUUAAAUUGAAUUCCCUCCCAUAUGUGGGCAAAGACAUUCUCCACGGAAUUGUAUGCACCCUUCAAGAGGCUUUGAUUUUUAAAAAAAUUUUAAUCUGCUACAUGACCAACUAUGUUUGGCUAACAUUAGAAAUGUAAGCAGAAGCUAUUGAUUUUAAAUUUUUUAUUUGCCA